CCGCUGACAGGUCCCGCGGCCUCUGGGCGGGGAGCGAGCGGGCGGGGCCCGGGCCGGGCCGGGCCGGGCCAGGCCGGGAGCGGGGAGAGCGCCGCCCCGCGCCCCGGGGCUGCAGGAUGAAGGGGCCGAGCCCGAGCCGGGGGCGCCGGGCCCAGGAGGCGGCACCAUGACCGGGGAGAAGAAGAAGAAGAAGCGGCUCAACCGCAGCGUGCUGCUGGCCAAGAAGAUCAUCACCAAGGACGGAGGCGCCCGACAGGGGAUUGGCGAACCUAGUGUGUACCAUGCAGUAGUGGUGAUCUUCCUUGAGUUCUUUGCCUGGGGCCUGCUCACGACCCCCAUGUUAACGGUAUUGCACCAGACCUUCCCACAGCACACCUUCCUGAUGAAUGGCCUGAUCCACGGAGUCAAGGGUCUGCUGUCUUUCCUCAGUGCCCCUCUCAUUGGUGCCCUCUCAGAUGUCUGGGGCAGAAAGUCAUUCCUCCUCUUGACGGUGUUCUUCACCUGUGCACCCAUUCCCCUGAUGAAGAUCAGCCCCUGGUGGUACUUCGCAGUCAUUUCCAUGUCAGGUGUCUUUGCAGUCACCUUCUCUGUCAUCUUUGCCUACGUGGCUGACAUCACCCAGGAACACGAGCGGAGCACAGCAUAUGGCCUGGUCUCUGCCACCUUCGCUGCCAGUCUGGUGACAAGCCCAGCCAUCGGUGCCUACCUGUCCCGCGCCUAUGGUGACACGUUGGUGGUGGUGCUGGCCUCCGGAGUGGCUCUGCUGGACAUCGGCUUCAUCUUACUGGCUGUGCCCGAGUCCCUGCCUGAGGAGAUGAGGCCUGUGUCUUGGGGAGCCCCCAUCUCCUGGGAGCAAGCUGAUCCCUUUGCUUCUCUUCGGAAAGUGGGCCAAGACUCUACCGUGCUCCUCAUCUGCAUCACUGUCUUCCUGUCCUACCUGCCAGAAGCCGGCCAGUACUCCAGCUUCUUUCUCUACCUGCGCCAGGUAAUUAGCUUUUCCUCAGAAACAGUGGCUGCCUUCAUUGGUGUGGUGGGGAUUCUGUCCAUCCUGGCUCAGACAGUGGUGCUGGGGAUCCUGAUGCGCUCCAUAGGCAACAAGAACACGAUCCUGCUUGGCCUGGGCUUUCAGAUCCUACAGCUGGCCUGGUACGGCUUUGGCUCCCAGCCUUGGAUGAUGUGGGCUGCAGGUGCGGUAGCAGCCAUGUCUAGCAUCACCUUCCCCGCUAUCAGUGCCAUGGUGUCCCGGAACGCAGACCCCGACCAGCAAGGUGUCGUUCAAGGGAUGAUCACCGGCAUCCGGGGGCUGUGCAAUGGUCUGGGGCCCGCUCUGUAUGGUUUCGUCUUCUACCUGUUUCACGUGGAGCUGAAUGAGAUGGUGGCGGUAGAGAGCCUGGAGAAGGCCACCAAGCCCAACAUGGCCAACCCUUCGGAUGAGCGGAGCAUCAUCCCGGGCCCCCCUUUCCUCUUCGGAGCGUGCUCAGUCCUGCUGUCCCUCCUAGUGGCCUUGUUCAUCCCUGAGCACAAUCAUCUCACACUGCGGUCCGGCAGCCACAAGAAACACAGCAAUGGUGCCCAGAGCCACACACACAGCCCCCAGGCGGGUGGCUUGGAUGGGAAGGAGCCCCUCCUGGUGGACAGCAGUGUAUGAUGGGAAGGGAGAGGCAAGGAAUCUCCACCUCCACUCACCCCACCCCCAUCGACUGCAGUGUGCUCGAUGUGGACUGGACCAAGGGCGGGGGGAGGGGAGGUGGCCGUGGACUGUACCACUAAUAGCAAAUGAGAGGACCAAGAAGACUGAGGCCCUCAGAGCCAAACCCAGAUAAACACAGCUACCCACAAACUCAGUGCCAAUGGUGCAAAACGAGGCUUCUGUCACCACCUGGGGCUGGAGGCUAGGAAGGAAGUGGUCGCCACACCGUACGAAGAUAGGCUAGUGUGGACUUUGAAAUGGGACCUCUGCCAAACCCUCGUCUGGCCAGGGAGCGGAAGAGGGGCUGAAUCUCAGGUCCUGGCCCACCCCCCUCCCGGGCUCCACCAGCCACCAGUCAUGGGAGGCCUUUCUGAUCCUCCCGAGGAACCCACUCUUGGUCCACUGAGGGGGGGAGGACAGAGAAAGAGUGCCCUGGGACUGAAGUACCCAGAAUGAGAGACGGCCCCCAGCAGACCCACUGUUGGCUCCAGCCAGAACUGACCCUCCCCCCUGCCCCAUCCCCUCACCCCCAUCCUUGGCACCCAACCAAAUGUGCCUGCCCAGCCCAGGAGACUCUCGGGCAGGGAGCUCCUUGCUGAUGGAUCGUAGAAGGCAAAGACUUUCCCACACCUCUGUGAGGGGUCCCAGCAUUCCCUCCUCACCUGCCCCCAGAAGCCCAAGGUGGAUGUCCCCCUUCAUCAGGCCCAUCUGGCUCACAGUAGCCAGAGUGCCAAGUUGGUCAUGGUUCUGAACCGAGGAGAGGGGGAAGGCUUGGGAGGGGAGAUGCAGGUACACAGAGGGACUGGUUUGCACCCAUUUGUUGGCCCUGCCCCAGUUCCCCCAGCAGCUGCCGUCCAAAAAAGCACUAGAGCUUGUGGGUCAUUGGAAUAAUCAGCUGGCCAAUCCCAGGAACCAAAAGCCCUCUUGCAGAAAGUGCAGCAGGGGCUGGCCCUGCAUUUCAGACCGGCCAUUGACCUGUGGUCCCCCCACCCCUAGAGGCCCAGGAAGGGGAAGAGGAGGAAAGGCCAAGCUGUCUCCAUGCCUCACAGUCACCCCAGAGAGCAGCAGUGGCCUCUGGGAUAUGCAAGAAUUCGCUCAGGCCACAGCAAAGCACCUUUAAGGAAGGUCAGGAUGCCCAGGUGAUGCUAGAAAAACUACCAGAAGGAGGGAGUAAAGAUAGUUCCCUGACAUAACAGGCCGGAUCCAGGCUUGACCCCCUCGGGGACAGGAGAGUGGACACUUUUCCCUUGAUUCCUGGCGCCCCUUACCCAUACACUUGGUCUGGCUCCCUGAUGUGGGGAAGGACCCUGUGGUUCACUUGAGGGGCCCCCAGUGCAGGGCCAGCUGCCAUCCAUGGUCUGCCUUUAUCCUUCAGGUGGGAUCUGUGGAGGUCAGUAACAGGUCUGGAGCCUCAGCCCUGAAGUAGCCUCUGACUCCACUAUCCAGUGAGAUACUGAUGGCUUCCUGGGUUGCCCCCCACACACCAUUUACACUCCGUGUAUCCCUGCCACAGCCCCAGCAUCCCCUGAGCCUCCCUGGCCCUCUGUGCCUACCCCAGAAGGGGGUCCCAAGCUCUCUCACCAUUCUCAGCCAAGGCUUUAGUUUACAUACAGAGUGGUUGUAAAUGGAAGGCUUUAAUUGGAUUUCUUAACUGACCCCUCCCCAUGAGUCCAAGAGCCUCCAGAAGUGAGAGAUUCCUUUGGGGGUUCUUUGUGUCUGGCAGAGCCCUCAGCCUGCCCAUAAGUCUCCUUCAUGCUGGAGCCAGAGCCAUCCAGACGUUGUGGAAAUGAACCUACCCUGGCAGGGAGGGGGUGGCUUUUAUGUUUUGCACUUUAGUCUGUAGGGACAGGCGGCCCCACAGUCCCUUUUCUCAUUCCUCUUCCCCUUGAAGCCCCAAGCCAGUGACCCCAGGCCUCACUUGGGUGACCCUGCCAAGGGUUUCUUUCCAGCAGUCAGCCCAUCCCUUUGGGGAGGAACAUCAAAAAAGCAAAAUCUCACUCAUCCUUUCAAAACAAGAUCACGGAAGACCACUUUAAAAAUAUAUUUUUUUCUUUUACACCUUCAAGUUAACAGACCAACUUGGGUUUAUCAGGCUGGGAACCCCGACCUGGGUAGCAGAGAGGUCUCCUGUGGUAUCUUGGCAUUGCCAAGAACAGAGCUCUGAGUAGGGUCAGCUGAUCCCCUUACCCCCCCCAACCACAAGGCAGUGACCAGGCCCCAUGACCUCAGUUCCAGCAAGCCCCCCCCCACCUUUGCAGGGUCCUACCAGGUUGCUCCCACUAACCUGACCCUCUCCAAAAAAAAUCUCUCAAAGCAUGUGACAUUCCAGACCCCUUGCCUUUCCCCCAGUCCCUGAAAGGCAUUAGUUGCCAGGGCUUCAUGAAGACCCCCGAGGGUCUGAUAGGCCUGUGUGUCCUGGAAGCUGUCCAGAGACCACUAUUUCUGCCAAUUUUAUGUUACACUUUUGGGGGGGGGGAUGUGAACCAAUUUUUUGAAAGGGCAUUUUUCCCCUGAUGCAGCUUUUCUGUUCAGCCAGGCAGUGCCACUAUUGGAACAUUGGCUCGGCCCCCAGGUCAGCCCUCUCGCAAGCUAGGCGUGCCAGGGACGUCCCUGUGGUCACAGUGCCCCCUGGCCCCUUCUUCCUCUGGCCCUGCCAUCCUCUCUCUGCCUAGUUCUCUUCUGCUUUAACUUGCCCCCCCCCUCAGGGACCUUGCUGGGGGAUUUGAAGGAGUCCCAGGGGACCUGCUGUCGCUUGAAACAAACACGGAGACGAUGAUGUGAGUUGGCUGUUGGCAAGUAGCCAGGAUUUCGUGCUUUGUCCUGCCUGGCUCUCCUCCCUCCAGGACCCCACUCCCCAAAUUCCCUACCGUGACCAACCUUCUCUGUUUUCAUUAAGAAGGGACCAGCCCUAUACUUUGGAAUUGAUGACGUUAACCCCCCGGUGUGUUGUUGAUUUUGUGUUUUUAGCUGAUAACUCGGUACAUUUAGUUGAUUUCAGAUUGUGUUUAGAUUCGGGUACCCCCCUCCUGGUUAUUUAUUAAACAGCUGCUUUCUUCUUGCAAAGGAAAAAAAAAAA